UUCUGGGCUUUUCUGCUCUGUGAAGUGUUUACUUGGCUAUUUGAGGUAGUGAUAUCCCGGUAUGAUAUCAUUCCUCACUGAACAGCUGAAGGAGAUUUAACUCAAAGGGAUCAGUAUUCUAUACCCAGAUGGGACUGAAUCAUUCUUGUCCUCAACCAUUUCCUGGAGACAUCCUUGAGUUUCCUAGGUCAAAGCAUUUUUCCCACUUUGGCAUUUAUUAUGGUGAGAAAGACGGAGUUCCCUAUGUGGCACACUUAACAGCCCGUGAUUCGGAUUCCAAGAUCGUUCUCUUUGGCAGGGCACUGAAAUCCACAGUGAAAAUAGACCCUGUUGAUGUUGUGGGUAAAAAAUACAAAAUCAGUAAUUACCUGGACGACAAGCAUCCGUACCGGGACUUCCAAACUCUUGUUAAACCCGAAAUUGACGAGGCCGUGGGGAAAUGCGUCACCUAUGACAUCCUCUUCCACAACUGCGAGCACCAAGCUACCCUGUUCCGCUACGGGUUAAAGAAAUCAGUCCAGAUUGAAAGUAUCUACGGAAAGAUAUACCCUACCUGGAAACAACUCUUUGAGAAGAAACUUUUAUAGAAGGAAAGGAAUGUUUGCAGUCAUUGCAUUUAAGUCGUGUGAGUGACGAUAUACACCCCCCCAAAAUUCAACAUGACAAAUGUGCAGUGUUUAACCCUAACCCUAACCCUACCCCACCAUGAUUCAACAUGACAAAUCUGCAGUGUUUAACCCUAACCCUACACCCCACGAUUCAACAUGACAAAUCUGCGGUGUUUAAUCCUAACCCUACCCCCCCCCCCCCAAUUCAAUAUGACAAAUCUGCACAGUGUUUAGAAUGGCCUGUCAGCAUCAAUCCUUAUGUUAAUGAAACAUUAUUUGUCCAGUCAUGGAUUCAGAAAGACUUGUCAGCCAAGCACUUGCUAUCAGCUUGCUAUGAAAGUUGUUCAGAUCUGGUGCCUUACCCAGACUGUCCCUGACUAUCAGUAACCAUCAUUUUAUCACCCGCUAGAUAAAAGCCUUGACUCCAUCUUGGAUUUAAUUUCUUUUUAAAUAUAU